AUGACUAAAUCUUUUAACUAUCAAUUAUCAACUGAAUUUAAGCCAAAAUCACUUGCUGAUACUUCUUUGUUCAAACCAAUCAAAGUUGGUAAUAUGAACUUGCAACACCGUGCGGUUUUGGCUCCCUUGACUAGAUUCCGUAACCAUAUUAACUCUAUUCCAAACCCAGAAGCAAUGGGUAUGUAUUAUGGUCAACGUUCGUCCAGGCCAGGAACUCUUGUUAUAACUGAAGCUACCAUUGUUUCUGCAGCUGCAGGUGGAUACGAUACUGCCCCAGGUAUCUACAACCAAGAACAAAUUGAUGCAUGGUCCAAGAUUUUUAAGAGGGUUCAUGACAAUAACUCAUAUGUGUAUCUUCAAUUGUGGUCAUUGGGUAGACAAUCUGACCCAGCUAACUUGAAAAAAAUUGGUAAGCCAUUUGUCUCCGCUUCAGAUGUCUACUCCGAUGAUAGAGGCAUCACUAGCGAAGGGGUUAUCGCUGAGGAUGGUGCAAUUGCUGUCAAUAAUGAAUUGAGACCAAUGACUAUUCCAGAAAUUAAACAGUAUGUCAAUGAUUAUGCUCAAGCUGCUAGGAAUUCUCUUGCUGCUGGUGCAGAUGGUGUUGAAGUUCACUGUGGAAACAGUUACAUGUUGAACCAAUUCCUUGAUAUUAGCUCCAACUUGAGAACUGAUGAAUAUGGUAGUCAAACUCUUGAAAACCGUGCAAGAUUUGCUCUUGAAUGUAUUGAUGCUGUUGUUGAAGCAGUCGGUGCCGAUAAGGUUGGUGUUAGAUUCGCACCGUAUGGUAGAUUUGGUGGUAUGUCAGGCUCCGAUGACUUGACUGCAAUUGCUUUGUACGCUUACAUUUUUGCCGAGCUUGAAAAGAGAGCUCAACAAGGUAAAAGAGUUUCUUACAUUCAUCUUGUUCAGGCCCGUAUGACUGACUUUAACAUAAAUGAAAACGACGAAUCAGCAAAGUUCGACACAGAAUUUGUUUACAAAAUUUGGAAAGGUGUUGUAAUGAAGGCGGGUGCAUAUGCUACUGACCCAGCAGCUGUUAGAAGAGAAGUUGAAGUUGGCCAAACUUUGAUUGCUUAUGGUAGAUACUUUAUUUCUAACCCAGAUUUACCAGAUAGACUCGCCUUGGGUAAGCCAUUAACCAAGUAUGUAAGAGAUAGUUUCUAUCUUCCAGAUCCGAUCGCCGGUUACGUGGAUUAUCCAACGUAUAAGCAGCAGGAUUUAUGA